AACCCAUUAACAUAAAAAUAUUUGUGGCUAUCAGCUGCAUUCAUAUGACAAGUAUACGUCUCUCUCUCUCCUCAUUUCUCUCUCUAAAAGCUCCACCUCUCCGCCGCCGCCACCACCACCGCAGACUCACUCUCACUCUAAAACUCGAAGCAUCUAGCUCCUCCACCCAAACAAUGGGCCAAGAAUCUGCCGCCACCAUCGCCGUGGAGCCCGCUGUGGUGCACGGCCGAUUCAAGCCGGCGGCGCGCAAGAAUUUGGUCGUCCGGGCCAACCCCAGGUCCGACCACUUCCCCGUCCACCGUUUCCACCACGUGGAGUUCUGGUGCGGCGACGCCACCAACGCCGCCCGCCGCUUCUCGUGGGGCCUCGGCAUGCCCCUCGCCGCGAAAUCCGACCUCUCCACCGGCAACUCCGCCCACGCCUCCUACCUCCUCCGCUCCGGCGAGCUCUCCUUCCUCUUCACCGCCCCUUACUCCCCCUCCAUCGCCGACCCCUCCUCCGCCUCCAUCCCCACCUUCGCCCCCUCCGCCCACCUCGCCUUCACCUCCUCCCACGGGCUCGCCGUCCGCGCCGUCGCAAUUCAGGUCGACUCCGCCUCCUCCGCCUACGCCGCCUCCGUUGCUCGCGGCGCCAUUCCCGUGUCCCCGCCGGCCCUCCUCUCCGACGGCAAGACCUCCAUCGCCGAGGUGCACUUGUACGGCGACUCCGUUCUCCGCUACAUCAGCACCGCCGGCGGCGCCAACGAGUGGCUCCUCCCCGGCUUCGAGCCGGUGUUAAACGACCAAGAACUGGAUUAUGGGAUUAGAAGACUCGAUCACGCUGUCGGCAAUGUGCCGAAGCUCGAACCGGCCGCCGAAUACUUAAAGAAAUUCACCGGUUUCCACGAGUUCGCCGAGUUCACGGCUGCCGAUGUCGGGACGGCCGAGAGCGGGCUGAAUUCGGUGGUGCUGGCGAACAACAAUGAAAAUGUGCUUUUCCCUUUGAAUGAGCCGGUUUUUGGGAUGAAGAGGAAGAGCCAAAUCCAGACUUAUUUGGAGCACAAUGAGGGGGCUGGGGUGCAGCAUUUGGCGUUGGUGAGUGAGGACAUUUUCAAGACUUUGAUGGAGAUGAGGAAGAGGAGCUCCGUGGGCGGGUUCGACUUCAUGCCGUUGCCACCGCCUACUUACUACCGGAAUCUCAAGAGCAGGGCGGGGGAUGUGCUCAGUGAUGAGCAGAUUGAGGAGUGUGAGAGGCUGGGGAUCUUGGUGGAUAGGGAUGAUCAAGGGACUUUGCUGCAGAUUUUCACCAAACCAGUUGGUGAUAGGCCGACCAUCUUCAUAGAGAUAAUUCAGAGAAUAGGGUGCAUGAUGAAAGACGAAGAAGGGAAGAUCUACCAAAAGGGCGCAUGUGGAGGAUUCGGGAAGGGGAACUUCUCGGAGCUCUUCAGGUCUAUCGAAGAAUAUGAGAAAAUGCUCGAAGCAAAAAUGGGCACGAGAGCAGCAGCGUCGUGACUGCCCCAACGGCUAAAAUAGCAGGUAGAUAUGAACACUCUUGAUAUGUACAAAAAUGAUUUGUUCAUGUUAUAUAAUGUGACAGCAGUUACUGUAUGAUACUAUAAAUUUAUCAUACUAAAUGAAAAUACCUCCUUGGGCUUCGAAGCAUGCCUUCGUGUUCGCUCGUAUUUGUGUUUUGUUUAGAGGAUUUCUUUGAUUUUAUUUGUUUUUGUUGCUUCGUCUGUUCGUGUUUGUGUUCAUGCUCGUGUAUUCGGCCGAUCAUGUUUUUGGAUUUUGUUUGCUUGCCGUAGGUGGAAAUCGAAUUCAUAACCUUUGUGUUUGUUCGAAUUCGUGUUUUAUUUGAAGGGUGGGUUUCUUUUGAGUUUAUUUGUUUUCGUUGCAUCGUCUAUUCGUGUUCGUAUUUGUGUUUGUGAUCUUGGAUCUUAGUUUCUUUUACAAACGUUGUGGCCACUGUCGUAGGUGCUUACAUUCUAGAGAUAUUGGUAUUUGACAUGUUUAUUUGUUGCUUCUGUUCCCUCGUCUAUGAAAAAGUUAUCACAUCGUGGACAAUACAAGUUUUAAUAAAAUGUGAUCGAAGUUAUUAGUGAAGUAAAUAAUUCAUUUUAAAUGCGAGUGAAGUUGUGCAGACUUUACUACUAUAAAUAAUGGUGGCAAUUUUUUUCAUGGACAAACUAAAAUCAAAAUUACUGUGAAUUUUUUGUGGAUGAAGAGAGCACGAACCUUUUAAUUUUGAUCAAAUUCAUAAAGCGAUCUAAACUACAAUUUAAUUGCAAAUUUAAAGUUUAUAUCUUUUUUUGACAAUGUAGAGAAAGUAAAUAAAGCAACAAAAUAGAAAGGGACUGCCGUAUAUCGAAAUUAAAAUGUACACGCAAAAUUAUUUAUAUGGAACAAAUUUUACGAUGUGAAUAUAUAUUAAUAAGUUUUAAUAGUAUUGUAUACCAUCAUUAUUUACAUAAAAUCAAAUAUAAAAUACUCUAAACACUACGACAACAUUAUAAAUUUUGAUUAAAAUUUCGAUGAUUAUACGAAAAAUUUCAUACAAUUCGUAUAACAAUAUAAGAAUUAUAUGAAUUUUUUUGUAUAAUUAUCAAUUUUGUGUAAGAACAUUAAAUCACUCAACUAAAAAGAUUAAAUUGUAAUUAAUGACGAAAAGUGGGGGACCGAUGCGAAAAUUAUGAUCCCUCUUGGAAGUGGAGGAACCGUAGGCAGCCCCACCGCAGACGGAAGUGGUACAACAUCUAAAGCGAAACGUCCAAAAACCGCAUCUCCGAGCGAGACGUAUCAUUCCCCAAACAUUCCGACAGCUAGAGAGAGAAGCACCCGCCGGCCAUGGUUUUAGAGAGAGAGAUGGAGGAGGAGGACGACGAGGAGGAGGCAAUGCUGAAGAAGGCAGAGGAGGAGAGCGAGAGUAACAGCAGUAGUAACGACGCUUCGUCGUGGAGCCGGAAGAUGAUGGUGGAGGAGGCGGCGCGGAGGCUCAAGGGCGGAGAUCUCAGAGCGAAAAUCGAGGCGGCGAGGGAUGUGAGGAAGCUUGUCAGGAAGUCGUCCAGCUCCAAUUCCAAGUCCGCUGUGCGCUGCCGCUUCGCCGCCGCCGGAGCUAUCGAGCCGCUCGUUUCGAUGCUCCACGGCUCGCUUCCCCUCGCAGCUCGGGAGGCCGCGCUCCUCGCGCUCCUCAACCUCGCUGCUCGGAAUCAGAGGUCAUUUCUCUCUCUCUCUCUCCCGCGCUCGCGCGCGCUUUAUUCACUUUUUAUUUUUAUUUCUGAAAUUGCUGAAACAUGUACUAUAUUUUUAUUCCGUGAAUCAAUUGAUGAUUAGAAUCGUUUCUGGUGAAUGUUAUAUCUGAAAUAGAGAUCGAGUUUGAGAUUGCUGGAUAUGUAAUUUGAUGUGUGUUCGUGCUCA